UGCCGAGCAUGCCCGACCGAGCAAGGGAAGCCGAGAGGCAGGGGGAGGAUUCGGGAGGGCGGGAGCCAGCCAGCCAACUCAGCCUAGACGGCCGGAUCGAGCAGCCAACCCUCCGCCCCAGGGCAAGCGGGAACCAGACUCGGCGGACCAGAAGUCGGAGCUGCUACGCAGGAAACCAAAAGCUCCGGCAGAGCGCGAACCUUCUGCGGAAGUUUGCCCGAGGCACAAAAACUUGGCCUCAACUACUCAGUGAAAAUUUGGUAGAAUGUGCAAAGAGAGAAACUUUAGAAGAAGCUGCCUUGCAUCUAACAAAUGUGCAGUUUGCUUCAGUGGUAAAUGCUGCUAGUUUAAAGGACAAUUACCAUUAUGUCACCAUCCUAAUGAAAGGAGAAGUUGAUAUGAAUCAUGAAUCCGAACCAAAGAAUCUGGAACCUGAUAAAAAUGAAAGUUGGGAAUGGGUAAAAUGGGAUGAGUUUCCACCAGCCAAUAAACUCUUCUGGCCUCUACGCUGCUUAAGAGAACAAAAUUAUAAUCCUUUCAAAGAAGAAUUAAAUCAUCUGAUUGGAUACACUGGAAAUCUAUAAGUUAUAUUUUCUGGAUUUAAAACAGACAAUAUAUCAAUAGCCCCUAUGAAGAGACUUUUGUUAUCAGUGCCAAGUUGUACAUUUGCUCUAAAUACUUGGAACCAACCUGUCAUUACUGCAUGACUGGCACUAAUCAUAUUCCCUCCAAAAGCUCUAUUUUGGCAUAUAGCUUCAGAUUAUUUUCCUUUAUAACAGAUAUUUUAAUACAAUGAUGUAUCCUAUGAUGUAUACAGGGGUUAAUGCAUGCUUAUAAUACUUAUGGUUUUGUUAUUGGUCAAAGCAGCUGCAAUAAUGCAUCCUAUAUUUUAUGUUACUUUGCUCUGUCGGAAAAAAUGAUUGUAUAGUAAAAGCAUUAUAGUUGCCCCCAUAAUUGAUAUGAUCCAGUGUAAUCACAAAGGUCCAUAUUUUAAACUCUUCCCAUUCUAAUCCAUUUUGCUCUCUGAUUUAGAAGAAGUAUACCAUUGUAAAGAAGAAAAAAUACCAGUGUGCAAGCCUUUUUUCAUUAUAAAAACCUGUGAAACUUUUCCAAUUAUGGGGAAGAACUAUACAUUUUAUGCAACUAUAUAACUCACAUUGUGUUGUUUCCACUAUAUAGUUAUUUUUGCAUGAUACGCUGAUCCAAAAUCUGUUCAGCCACAUUAGUUCAGUGUAUUGUGUGAAACUUGUCUCUAUGGUUAACUGAAUAAACCAGGGACUAUGAAAAUCCA